UGAUUUGAUAAAGUUUCGUCUUCAAAAUUAUGAGUUGUUCAUUUAAAAGUAGCAAACGUGACUAUCCUUAUAUAACUCGUGAUGAAGAGUUGCAUUUUAAGUUGAUUGAAGAUUUCAAAUGUGUUUCAAAAAAUGCUAGAAAUCUUCUCCAAAAAGUAAUCGAUGAAGAUGCACAAAAAAAUAAACAGCUUGAGAAAUAUAAGAAUAAGAUACGUGGACCAAAUUGGUAUGAAGAAUUAACUGAAAGACAAGUUGCUGCAGCAAAUCUGCUAUUUACUGCUCUCCGAAAAGAAACGCUCGAUUAUCAGUUGAAGCGCACAAAACAUGUUCUUUGGGGCAUCUCAAUCAAUCCAUUACCAAAUAAAAAUCAGUUAACAAAAGCUAUUAAAUUUGCAAAAAAUAGUGACUUAGCAUUUUUGUGGUAUCUGUAUCACAAAGUUUAUCAUUCGUAUCAUGAAACGUGUACACAGAGGAAGUAUUCACUUAAUGAACGUGUGAUUUUAUCAUGCAUUUGCCAUCUGGAUAUGCUUGUGACAUUGAGAGAACUUGAUAAAAUUUUGCCAAAACCAAAUAUGAGCAAAAGAAUCAAAACUGAUAAAAGAUUUAAUAAGAAAAAAGUUAAAUAUCCUCAAAUUCUUCCACCACGUCCAGUUCCACCAUUAUCAAUUUAUGAAAUGUAUAAGGAUCCAUUUUAUGUGAUUGAAAAUGAAUCAAAUCGGUGGUUUUCUAGAGAAUCUUUGGUAUUUUCAACUUCCCAUUGCAUUGUAAAGAAAAUACUGACUGAAGAAAUAUCAAAAAUUGGAACCAACACAUCCUCGCCUGAUGAGAAAAUUCUAUGUGGCAAGCAUCACAAGGAAUCAUCAAAAUUUUAUCAGCUAAUGAAAUAUUUAAUGGAUGAAAAUGAAAACAUUGAUUUUAAAGAAAACAGCCAUCGACAUCUUAGCAUUUCAGACCGUGAAAUUGAAUAUGGAAUGUUUUUGGAAUUUCAAAAAUGGGAAGAUGAAUUCAAGCAGAAUGUUGAAAACGCAGACACGGACAUCAUUAUGAAAACUUUACUAAAUCAAAUACUUAAUAAUUCUUUUAAUCAACGAUACAUUCAUCUAUGCCAUAAGUGUGAAGACUUAUCGACUUCAAAUGAUGGAAAUACACUUUCUGAAUAUGAAAAUGAUGAAGACGAUGAUGAGGAUACGAUAAUAUACAGCAAAACUUCAUACGAUCCAUUAAUCAUCAAAUAUUUCCAGCGUCCAUCAAUCGAUGGUAGUCAUCCAUUAACAUUUGAUUACGAGAAAAUUUUCUCGAUAGAUUUCCUGCAUGACCAUGGAGUGGUAAAAAACUCGAUUAACACAGCACUAAAGUUGAAUAAAUAUUUGACUGAGGAUAACGCAAUUACGGUUUGCCUUCGAGACAUGUGGCAAACCAAAUUGAAGGAAUGGAAUGAGAAGCGUCAAGCGGAUAUUGAAGAGAGACAGAAACGCGUUGUGGCCGAUGUCGGUAGAAUUGGAAAAAAUAAAGAGAAAAUUUUGAAGUUGCUACGUGAAGCGAUUGAUCUGAUGAGGAAAAAUCCAAAGUUUGUGCUUGCUGCAUUGCCCCAAUGUCAUCGAUUGCCAAUAUUAAGGGAAUGGAUAUUGCAGAGAUAUGGUGUUAAAUAUAUUGACCAAAAUUUAAUCAAAACAAAGUACGGAAUGGAUGGAAAAUAUCUUUAAAUGCUGAAAUAAUUAAUUCGUUUACUUUUAAA